AUGGCUGCCGGUGUGCCUGGAGGGAGGGUGUCUGCAAGCUCCUGCCAGACGUCCUGCUACGUGCCCGUGAGCUGCCAGCCCACCGUGUCUGUGCCCGUGAGCUGCAGGCCCGCCAUGUCCGUGAGCUGCAAGCCCGCCGUGUACGUUGUCCCCUCCUGCCAGUCUUCUGUGUGUGUGCCCGUGAGCUUCAAGCCCCUCGUGUUCAUGGCCUCCUCCUCCCAGUCCUCCGGGGGCUGCCAGCCCUCCCGCCCCACCCUGCUCUACAGACCCAUCUCCUGUAGCACCCCGUCCUGCUUCUGA